CCCAACGUACAUUCAUAUCAUACGGAUAGUGAUUUCUAAAGAACGCCUGCGAUAGAUUCGAGUGAACACACAAACUUUCUCCUCGUGUUUGAGAAAAUUCGCCUCCUGUUUUCCCCUUUCGAAAAAUAAAUACAGCCAAUUUUUGUGCUCAACUUUAAUUCAUCCUAGCUGAACUUAACCUAGACGCUGCCGCUCCGUCUCGCAUUUCUUUAGCUAGCGGUUUCAUCAGAUACCAAGCAGUUUCUGCUUUCCUGGAUCAAUCAGUCCACCAUUACAAGAAGCAGGGAGCAACUCUAGAACCAUGCCUACGAACGAAGGUUUCUCAGGUGUUUCAAAUUGUUAUGUAUUCAAGAGUCGAUUACAGGAAUACGCUCAGAAAAUGGGACUUCAAACGCCUGUUUAUGAGACUACUAAGGAAGGGCCAUCUCAUGAGCCUUCAUUCAGAUCUGCUGUGAUAGUGAAUGAUGUCAGAUAUGAAUCUUUGCCUGGUUUUUUUAAUCGUAAGGCAGCAGAGCAGUCAGCUGCUGAAGUUGCACUUAUGGAAUUAGCAAAACUUGGUCAAGUGAAUCCUUCCAUCUCCCAGCCUGUUCAUGAAACAGGUUUAUGCAAAAAUCUACUUCAGGAAUAUGCACAAAAGAUGAACUAUGCUAUUCCAAUGUAUCGGUGCCAAAAGGAUGAAGCACCAGGACGAGUGCCUCAUUUUUCAUGUACUGUUGAAAUUGGAGGCAUUCAGUAUAUUGGUGCUGCAGCAAGAACAAAGAAAGAAGCAGAGAUCAAAGCUGCUAGAACUGCACUAUUAGCCAUCCAAUCAAGUGCAUCUGAGUUAUCUGGCUCACCAAGUGGCAAUUCCCAGCUAACUGUAAUUCCUUGCAGGAAGAGGGGAACAGAGUCGGUUGAUAAGCCUAAGGUGGACGAGACUGUAAGUGUUCCAAAGCCAAAGAAAGCUAGAUUCAAAAAGAAAACAUUGAAAAAGUUUUCUGGAGACAAAACAGGUCGCAACAUGGCUCUUAAUGUAGCUGCUAAUUUGGAUGGAUCGCAAAUUGGUCAAACUAAUGCACCUGGCAUUCAAGUUGUGGGUUCCGAGGCUAUGUUUACAGAAGAAGCAGCUAGGAAUUUCCAAGGAGGGAGACUGGACAUUGAACCAUCUGAGGGGGAAACAUUUUCUGUGAAAGAUCCUUCUACUAUAAAUGGGCAUUCAUCAGCUACAAAAUGUAACCAAAGUGUUCAUGAGGCAACUGGAUAUUCAUCAGUUGUAAAUUCUAAUCAAAGUGAUCCUGAAGGUCUGAGCAGCUCAAUGUCUUAUGGAGACGCAACUGCUUUGAUGAAGGAGGAAAAAGAGGCUAAUGUGCAGUCGACAGUUGCAAAUUCUAAACAAAAUAGUGGUGAAGCUAUAAACUUGGUAACAUCUUUAUCUUUUGAUGAUACUACUGUUUUGGCUAAGGAGGUGAAUGAGACAACUAGAGUCUAGCUGGUGUCGCCACCAGUAAAUAAUCCCAUUCUGAAGCAAUAGUACCUCAAUGAAAUAGUGUCCUUUUAAGGCUUGGAAUUUGUUUUGCAGUUAGAAAAGUUGAUGGGUGAGAGGGUUCGGUGUAUCCAGAUCUUGAAAUGAAAUGUAAUAGCUUUUAUACUGACUGGGAGCAUGGACCUUAUAUUUGAAUAGUAGAUGUCAUUUACUUGUUA